AAUUGUUACCAGUUUACACAAAUAUAGGAAGUACAGAAAUUGAAGAGUUUCAUUCUUUAAAAAUUUUUUAAACAAUCAGUCUUAUCAAAAACUUAUCUUAAUUUGCUAAAUUUUAUAAUUAAUGGCCGCGUGGCAACAUGUUCUUUCGCUAGAUGCUAGAUACAAUGCCUACAGAUCACCAAAUAAUGUUUCUCAUAGAACUUUAUAUAUCCGACGUCGUAGUCAAAUGCUACGACAACGUUCCGAAUUAGUCAAUCAAACAGAUGACUUUGAUGUGAGGGACUAUUUGCGUUUAAGAUCUAUUCUCUUAAGUCAGAGAUAUGGAGCACAAGCAUUCUCGGAUGUUAGUAGCGUUCGAAGUAGGACAAUAAGCUUAAGGAGCGUUAGCAAAAACACUGAUAGUGAUAUAGAAGGACGAACUGACGUUCGAGCAUGGAAAACUCGUCACUACCCCCAAAAAGCUGGUGUAGUACCAACUCUUUUAGCAGAUGCAAGCAGAGCUAUGGCUGGCGACACUAGCGUAGAAGAGAAUUAUGCUUUUGCUGGUAUGCAUCAUAUUUUUGAUCAACAUAAAGCGGCUGUAACUUCAAUAGUCUUUGCUCACGAUGAUAAGUCAAGAUUAGCAUGCGCCUCGUUAGAUGGUUCCAUUUCUGUUUGCCAACUUAUUCCGGCUCCUGCAACAGUAAUUUGUGUUCUAAAUGGCCAUGAAAAAGGUAUAUCAGGCUUGGCAUGGUCAAUGAGUAAUGAUCACGUUCUAUCAUCGAGUUACGAUGCCACUGCUAGGUUGUGGGAUGUAGCCAGUGGUAAAUGUAUUCGAAUUAUGGAGGAUCCUUUAAAAUAUUCCGUUCUUUCGUGCGUGUUUCAACCAGCUAAUAAUAAUUUAUUUGCUACAGGAAAUAGUAAUUCAAUGAUUCAAGUGUACAAUAUAUCAACCGGAAAAGUUGUAAAGGGAGGUCUCGGUAAAGCUGUGGGGAAAGUAUUUUCAAUAGAGUUUGAUUCCUUUGGUCGAGUUUUAUGGGCUGGAGAUAAUCAAGGAUUUAUCACUGCCUUUCAAUUCGAUAUCGUUCACGGAAAAUUAACAAGAGCUAAGCGAAUUACAGUUAUGGAACAUCAUUCUAUUACCAGUAUUUCGUCUAGAACAUGGAUUAGUAGAGAAGCAAGGGAUCCAUGUCUAUUAGUUAAUUGCGCAAUGAAUAUAUUAUGUCUAUAUCGGAUUACGGACGAGCAAGGUGGUUUGGAACUCCGUAAAAAUUUUCCUAUUAAACAUCGCCAAUCUAAUAUCAAAAGUUGCUUUUGUCCACUAAUGUCAUUUCGUCAGGGAGCUUGCGUUGUCUCUGGAAGCGAGGACUGCUGUGUCUAUUUUUUCGAUGUUCAACGCGAACAGAAACCGUGUAUCAAUAAAUUACAAGGUCACGCUGCCCCAGUUUUAGACGUCGCUUUUAAUUAUGAUGAAUCUCUUUUGGCGUCCUGCGAUGCUUCUGGAAUUGUAAUAAUUUGGAAAAGAGAACAGAAAUCUUAA